ACUUUACCAAGUGGACAACGGACAACUAGCUUGUUAGCGGCCGUUGGAAACAAAACCGGGCUCAAGUUCUCAUGACCUAGACUGAGUUUCCAUCAAAAACAAACCUUUCCUCUUAGUUUAGCUGUGAAAUUAUCUGAGCCAGGGGUUCAGACUUUCAUAAAGAAGAUGGGGGUACCGAAAUUUUAUCGCUGGAUAUCGGAGCGUUACCCUUGUUUGAGUGAAGUUGUGAAGGAGCACCAGGUAAAGACUGUUAGCUUCACUGUUAGCGUUAGCUUAGCUUUAUGGAGCUUUAUAUAAUUUGUCAAGCCUGUCAACUUUUUCUGUCCUGUGCUUUUGGUUGUGUGUGAUGAGGAGUUAAAUUCGCUCUCUGGAAAACAAAUCUACAGUUUUGAGGUCAAACACAUUAACCCAAUGUCACCCAAUUUCUCCCAAACGUGUUUAAAUCAAACGGAUCGAAGUGCGUGUAACUCAGUGAACGGCUCAGCAGUGAUCGUUUAUAUUGUUGACAAGUAAGAGUAUUUUGAGCAGUGUCAACACCGCGAUCUUUGAGGGUUGUAGCUUUGUUUUUUAGCUGGUGUUACGGUUGUAUUUGUGUCCCUGUUGACUGAAAACCUACAGUCGCACGCGCCUGUAGUUGACGUACGUACUGUAGUUACCAUAGUUGUUAUAAAUGUUAAAAGAUUGCGCUGCUGUUAUCACUUAUGCCCUUGUAGCUUUUGAAGCUUUAUAUUUUGAUGUCUUGUGUUUAAUACACAUCUGCACAAAGUUAUGUGUUCGCAAAUCUAUCUCCAAGUUUUAUUUCAACGUAUGAUGUAAUCACGUCACUUCUGCGCUAAGUCAUCAUUUAACAGGGUCACCCGUUUAACUGUAACACCGGCAAGCUUUCAAUCUCCUUGCCGUUCAUUGUUAGUGUAAAAAGAAUACUUUUAUACAUACAAUAAUAUAAGUAGUCGAUACUAAGAGGGGAGUUUGUUAAGACUGGUCAUUUCUUUUUUUUCGGACUGCUUCCGCAUAAUUGCGACGAACUUUAGAGACACAGUUCACCGUGUAAUAAGCAAUAUUGCAUUUCACUGCUUGGGCAGCAGUUUCAUCAGCUGGUUUUUGCCGAGUGUCACUCGUUGCAGAAGGCGGCUAUGAUAUACCUGUUAUGAAGCUGGUAUUAAAUGCAAACGUCUACAUCCUCUUAAAAUUUACUAGAAUUUAUUUCACUUUUUGGACUCUUUUAUUUUUUAGAUUUUUUUGUUGGUUUACAGCUAUGGUUUGCCUGAAUAAUUUUCGUCAUUGUAUGAAGAUGAAAAUCACACAUCCCGCGAUGGGUGAUGUAUCCCACAAGAACAAGUGUAAUAUACCUUUGAUACAGAGUUGGAUCUUUAACUUGGAGGUCCUAAAUUUCCUCCUCUCAAGAAUGCCACUGUUAACACCCAAAAAUAGAACAAGACUUCACAAAAUGUUCCAGUGGUUUAGAGAUCUACAAAAUGUAAAGAAGUCAGUGAGUAAAUCCAGAUUUUACAAUUUGGGGAAUUUGCAGCACUUUUGCAGACUAUCUUUCUGUGAAGAGUCAUUACCUUUGUCAUAUUUGAUAUUUUUUCUUUUCUUUUUAGAUUCCAGAAUUCGACAAUCUCUAUCUAGAUAUGAAUGGGAUCAUCCAUCAGUGUUCCCACCCAAACGACGAGGAUGUCCAUUUCCGCAUUUCUGAAGAAAAGAUCUUUGCUGACAUCUUCCAUUACCUGGAGGUGCUCUUCAGAAUAGUCAAGCCUCGCAAGGUCUUCUUCAUGGCCGUGGAUGGUGUGGCACCAAGGGCUAAGAUGAACCAGCAAAGAGGACGGAGAUUCAGGUAGAGAUCAGCGCAAGAUGGAAGAAACGUGAAAUCAUUACAUCUGUCUGUUGAACUAAACUAACUCAGAAACCUUGUUGGAGACUUGCGUUGGUGUUUUGGGUUUUGGGUUCUGUUGAUAAAGGGUGAAUACAGACUCCUGUAAAAUCCCUACAUUCACCAAAAGUCAUUUUUGCCAGUAAUGGUUUCCUCUUUCACUCUCAAUGAUCGAAGGUGGAUAUUAAAUUUAGUUUGUUGUAGUAGCUUUUCUUGAAGUGACCAAAUAAAGAAAUGUAAUUUUUCUGAACAUGCCUUCACCAUGAUGUUAAAUCUCAAGUGUAAAUAAUGACUCAUUUGCUUUCGCUUAUCUGACCAAAAUGACAGCACUGUUUUCAGAUAUAUUAACUCAAUGUCCGGUGUAAUUCUGUGAUUAAGCAGUGAUGUUUGAGGUGCCACAUUUAUAAACCCAGGCCAUGCAUUUACUGCCUAAUAAGGCAGCAUGGGCCCCAAACUGACUAUAACUAAAAUGCAAUAUUUGCUUUGGUAAAGAACAGAGGAACCAGACUACAGACAGGACAACAGACUGAGACUGUGAGUCUGACCUUACAUUUUUAAAGCUGACUUUGUGUGUGUGUGUGUGUGUGUGUGUGUGUGUGUGUGUCUGUAUGUGUGUAGGUCUGCAAAGGAAGCUGAAGACAAGAUAAAAAAAGCUCUGGAGAAAGGAGAGGUGCUUCCCACAGAGGCUCGCUUUGACUCAAACUGUAUCACUCCUGGUAGGAAAGCUCUCAAGCUCUACACAGUUUGUCAUUUAAACAAGUUAACUAAAAAAACUGGUUUCCAUUAGUUUAGCACAUCACAGUCAGACACUUGCUUAUCAUUUCUAUGGUUUUACACAUAUUUUACAAGUAUCGAAACAGAGAAACUUCAACUGUGAAAAUAAUUAGUAUUAUUAGCUCUCAUUUAGCAGCUUAUGUUAACUUAAGUGGCUGAUGUGCUUAUCUUUGUAUGCAUUAUCAUCAUUGCAUUAUUCAGUCUGGUCAGUGUGAAACAUGGUCAGUACUUUCUGAUAUCAAAGAACAGUUUAAACAAACAUAAAAGAAACUAACCUCUCUUCACUUUCUGGUUUAGCUGUACAAGACAAAAGGUCUUGGUUCAGUUUCAAACUUUGCAUCCAUUUCACUGUACAUAUACAAUUUACAUUACUGGAUAGAAAGUGGUCUCUACUGCUAACAGCUACUGAAACAAGUUAAUUCAUUUAAAUGUACCUACAACCUUAUUUUAAAAAAAGUUAGAACACUGAAAAAUGUGAAUGAAUAGAGAAUUUGAUGAUUUGCAAAUCAUUUAAAACUCACAUUUAAUGAAAAAUUAAGAAAAGGCACCAUGCCAAAAACUGCUACAGAAUUAAUUUUUAUCAUUUUUUGACCAAAACAAAACAGAAAAAUGUUCAUUUUACACUUCAUCAUAGCAACAUAAAAAAAGGUAGAACAGAGACAUGUUUAUAAUUGUGCACCAUUACCUCUUCUUCUAAAAAUACUGUGGUUGUUUGGAGACCAAGGAGACCAGCUUCUGGGGUUUCAAAAGUGAAAUGUUGUCACAUUCUUGUUGGAUGUAGGAAUCGAGCUGCUCAACUGUUUUGGGUCCCUUCUCUUACAUUUCAGAAUUUUAUUUUUAAUGGGUUAUAAGUUCAGACAAGUUAAGGCGAGUUCAGCACUGGGACUCUUCUACUACAGAGCCAUGACUGUGUUUUUGAACCUUUUGCACAAAUAUUUCAAGUCUUUCCUGAAAACGUUGGGAUGUCAUGCAUCCCUAUACCACCAAGAAGACCAACUUUGAACUGUGCACUGACAACAAGCCAGCUGGUUUCUUUCCUCUUAAAAGUGGAGUCCAUGUGUCAAUGAUUUUCAAAGAGAAUGUCAAAUAUUGAUUUGUUAAGCCACAGGACAGUUUUCCACUUUGUAUCAAUGUGGGCUCAGGUCCAAAGAAGACCCUGAUGCUUCUUAAUUAUGUUUACAUAUGAUUUCUUCCUUUGAUGGUUCAGUAUUAUCCUGUGUUUGUGGAUGCAGCGAUGAACUGUGGUCACAGACAAAAGGUAGUUUUGGAAAUGAUUUUGAGCUCAUGCAGUGACUUCCACUACAACCGUGUUUGUUUUUGACGCUGCCAGAGGGCCCAAAGGUCACGGCCAUCCAGUGUUAGUUCUCAGCCUUUUAUUCCGAGAUGAAUCCAGGUUCUCUGAAAAUUUUUAAGAUAUCUUGUGCUAAAGAUAAUGGAAUCUCUAAUGCACUUGACGUUUUACCCCAAGGAACAUUAUUCUGAAAUUCAGUGACUGUUUACCGGUACAGUUUUCACAGAGUGGUAAUCCUCUUCCAACCUUCACUUCUGAGGGACUCAGGUCCUAUGGAGUUUCUUGUUUCUACCCAUUUUAACAAACCUAUUACAAAUAAACCUCAUACAUUAAGAGAUCUUCCUCAAACCUUGUUUUAUUAUUUUUAUUUUUUUUAAGCAAUACAGAUUUCCAGUGUUUUGUUGCCCCUGUCAUAUUUAAAAAAGAAAUGUCUUGCUUGCAGAAUUAGUUUAUAUUUUUUAACAUAACAAUGAAAGUUUUCAGUGUGAACGUUUGAUAUGUAGUCCCUGCACUAUUGUUUAUUGGAGUUUAAAUGAUUCUGUUUUCAAUCACCAUUUUGCUUAGUCCCCAACUUGUUCUGGAUCAGUUCAGGAUGUUAUUCAUACCUCUUUUGCAGAAGCAUCUCAAAAUUGACUUUAAAUUGGCUUCACAUUAAAUAGAGCCAAGAGCAUUAAGGGCUGAAUUCUUUCUAACUUUAGCCUCAACGAUUCAUAUUCUUUGGAUUUCUCUUUCUUUUUGACAGUACAUUGGACACCUUCUGCUUUUGCAUGUGGGACUGACAAUCUGUUGGCUUAUUGUGUAGCCCCUGUAGUGUUUGAUGGACAGUUUUAACUCCAGAGUUUGAUACAAUCAAGAUAAAAACCGUUCAGGAGUUAAAGCAAACUAACAUAGCGUAAAGGUCUAGUCAUAAUUCUUCAUAGUCAAUCUUUUUUUCAUGACUCUGUGGUUGCCAUCUGCUAAUGCUGUUGAAGAGAUCAAGGAAGUUCACUUUAUUUCUCAAGUAAGACAGAGAUUAUAUAUUAGUGAUUCUCAGGCAGAUUGGUUUGGCUCAAUCUAUUCAACUUUCCAUUUUUCUUGUCUGGUUGUUUUGAGCAUCAAUGUAUUUCAAAAAUGUGACGACAUUAAUGAAAUACAUUCUGACUCCUCUAAUAAAGUUGUCUGAAACUCCUUAAAUCACUUAUCAUCUUUCCAGGAACUGACUUCAUGGCAAGACUUCAGGAGCAGCUCAAAUAUUUUGUCCACAACAAGCUCUCCACUGACAAGCUGUGGCAGAACGUCAAAGUCUACCUGUCAGGUCAUGAGGUGGGUUCACUGUUUUAAAGAUGAAGAGGUUUCUUGGAGGAAAUAGUGUCCAUGUGACUGUGAUUCUGUGACAACCUAAGCCAUUAUUCUUGUCCUGCAUUCUUGUUUCUUUUCCUGACAGACUCCAGGAGAGGGAGAACAUAAGAUCAUGGAGUUUAUUCGCUCUGAGAAUGCUAAGCCCGGUCACAACCCCAACACCCGACACUGUCUAUAUGGUCUGGACGCUGACCUGGUACAGUUUCUGUCCCAUAGAUUUAGACAGGGAUGUGUAUGAUUGCUCAAACAUUCCUAUUGUCUCACUUUUUUUGUUCUGUGUUGUAGAUAAUGUUGGGUUUAACCAGCCAUGAACCUAACUUCUCACUGCUCAGAGAGGAGGUUCGCUUUGGGGGAAAGAAAUCCCAAAAAAGGUUUUUAUUUUAUUCAUCAGAGUUUUUGAAUAGUUUCCUCUUUUAAGUUUUACAUGUCAUUUGAACAUCUGCUCAGUCAUUUCCUCUUCUGUUCAGUGAACUCUGCUCUUUUCUUUUUUUCCAGAAUAACCGCUCCAGAAGAGACCACCUUUCAUCUGCUCCACUUGUCUCUGAUGAGGGAGUAUAUUGACUACGAGUUUUCUGAACUCAGGGUAAGCCACAUUAUUAAUGCAGGAAGUUAAUGGCAGCAUUAGUACCAUGUGUAACUAAAUGGAGAAUGAAAGUCUAUUUCCAAGCUUGGCAGUCUUAGUUUAAACUUCAGAGAGUUUAACUGCAUUCAGUAUGUGUCCUGAUUGUGUUUGAUGGUGUUUUUCAGAAUCAUCUUGGCGAUGAUUAUGACCUGGAGCGAAUAAUAGAUGACUGGAUUCUAAUGGGCUUCUUAGUAGGAAAUGAUUUCAUCCCUCACCUCCCUCAUCUUCACAUCAGUCAUGAUGCUUUACCGCUGCUGUACAAGACCUAUAUUAGUGUUCUGCCCAACCUGGACGGUAAGAGACACAAGAUUAAAAAAAAUAAAUAAUAACAGUUAUUUAUGUGGUGGAUAAAAAGCACAUCUGAAUGUUUCACUUUUCCAAAAUGUUUUUGUACUUUUCUAUGUACUGUAAUUCAAAAGCUAUUUAAAGCACUGCUGGUUUUGGUCCAGCCGGUGAAAUAAUCCACACACGGAAAUCAUAGCUUAGAGAUCUGGUCUAAAUCUUUUCUUCUAACUCAGGUUAUCUGAACGAGCACGGCCAUCUAAACCUCAGAAACUUUGAGAAGUACCUGGAGAAGCUUGCUGAGGUAAGACAAGAUCCUGCAUUGCUGUUAUCAGCUGUAUUUGGUGGUAACAGCAACAGCGAGAGUUACAAUGUCAGCCUUAAAAAAAGAACAUAACUCCUUCCAACCGGGCACCUUUAAAAAGCAGACUUUAGGUCUUUGAAAUUAUGGUAGCCGUUUGUACAUUUGAAUAACCUGUUGAAAAUAAGGUGUUUGUAUGCCUGGCAGAGGGUUGAGCAAAGAGUUUAAUGCUGUUUGCAGAUUAAUUUGACUCUUCCAAAUAAACCGGGAACAUUGUAAGGCUCAAAUAAACCGUGCACUCUUUUCUGCUUUACUUUGCAUGCAGCGUCCACACAGUGUUUUGUUGUUAUUCACCAUAAUUUGAUGAAAAUCCUCAUUCUGACUCACAUCCUCAACAACAGCAGAAGGCAGUGUUUGGAAAUAAUAGUCAAAUUAUGUUAUGUCUUUGUAUAUUAAUAUGUUACGCUGUGUUUAGUUCUGUAUGAUGAUAUGAUGUUAUCAUAUUCAAAUAAACAAAUCAACUGCUAAAAUUUCUUGCAAACUGAACAUACACAGAUGCAACAUCAUAUUUUGUGGAGGAGUGUUUUCUGACUAUUGUGUUUACAUUAAGUUUUUAGUCCUCAGCCUAUGAUCUUAAUAAGGUGUUUUCAAGACUAAUAAGUGGUUAGAAUGUUGCCAUUAUUCAGAUGAAUUCAGGAUUAUUGUGUGCAUGUAAAUAAGUCAUUGUUUUGUUUGAGCAGUUUAGUCUGGAAAUAAGUUUAUUGCGGAAGAAAAAAAGUUGACUUAUUUGGGUUGAAAUGUACUCUUUAUUACUCAUAGAGCGUCAACCAUUGAACUUUGAUCUAAAAAUGUUCCUUCUUCCCCACAGUUUGACAGGGAACAUUUCAGUGAAGUGUUUGUGGAUUUAAAGUGGUUCGAGAGCAAAGUUGGCAAUAAGUAUCUGAACGAGGCCGCCGGAUUGGCUGCAGAACAGGAAGCUGCCAGCUUAGACUCCAACAAGAAUGAGGUUUGCUGGGAUGCCAGAAUAUUUAUGAAUACAAACUCCUGCUAUUGAUGUUUAUUCAGAAACCUAUCACUGUCUUAACAGCUACAUGACUUGUUGUGUGUGUAGGACUCAUCCCUUUGUCUGGCAGCUCUCACCACAUCAGAAAAAGUGACCGGGGGCAGCAAAGGAUCAGCAGGAGAUGAUGAGGAAGAGGAGGACGAUAUGUUUGAGACUGAGUUCAGACAGUACAAGCGCACCUACUACAUGACCAAACUAGGCGUGGAUGUAGUUUCUGAGUGAGUGUUUGGAUACAAAUGCGUAAAACAGGAGUUAGCAUAUACCACAGAAGACUCUUGUGCAUCAAACCAGAAUGAUCAUACACAGCUCACAGAUGAGAGACUAACUUUAAAACCAGCUUUGAGGUUUAUAUCAGCAUGAAUGCAACAGGUUAAGUGUGUGUAACAACUCCUUAGAGAAGAUUUUUAUAAUUCCUAAUUGCAGACUUUUUUACUAGGUUACUGCACAACAAUACGUAAACUGAUUCAAAGACAGCAACAGACUAUUGUAGGUAUUAAGUAAAUGACUAUAAAUAAAGCUGUGUCCACCUAAGUGCUGGACUGGUUAAUUUAACAGACAGAGGGAGCUCAGCAUGCAGGUAUUACUUUGGAUACAUGUCAGGUUCAAAUCUGUCCUCUAUAUGUUCCUGGUUUUCUUCCAAUCCAAUCUAAGUUUAUUUAUAAAGCACAUUAAAUAACAACAAAAUGCUGACCAAAGUGCUGUACAGUAAAAACAGACAACCAACAUAAACAAGAAAACACUGAUGCGGGAUCACAGUAAAUACAGGGGGGUAUAAACCAGUUCAAUAAAAACAUGAUUUUAAGCCAAAUUCUCAAGAGCUAAUCUACCCCUUCAAACAUGCUCAAGGGAGGGUCCUUAAUUUAUCACAUUCAUGCAAAAUAUUUGGAGUGAGCUGCCCAUGUAAAUUUCACCAGUGGGUAAAAGAAAUCAAGUGGCAAUGGGUGUUGAUGUCAGGAGACAAGUGAGACUCUUCUCAUGUUGUGUCCUGCCUCUUUAGACCCCUGUCCAACAGGGAGACUUGACACUGCAAGGGACAUGUGCAUUAAAACCUCAGAAGACUUCAGAGGCAGACUAUUUGGAGAUUUUCCCACAAAUGAACAAGAGUGCAGAUGUAGAAGGGGCUUUAGUUCUGUCUCACUUUGUCAACGCUUAAAUAGAUAGAAAAGAAUAUGAUGAGGAAAAACUGACACACAAACUCAAAAAAUAUGUUUGAAAGCUCUUGGUCUUUGCAGAUUGUGUGUUGAUUGUACACUGGUUUCUUAUUCACAAGUAUCCCCAAUCAAUGUUUUUAUUCUCAUAUUUGCAGCGAGUUUCUAGCCGCACAGGCCAAGUGCUAUGUGGAAGGUAUUCAGUGGAUCCUUCACUACUAUUACAAAGGGGUCCAGUCUUGGAGCUGGUGAGAACUUUUAUUUCUUAUGUUACUUUUGAGAAGAACUUAGUCUCUGCUAAUUUGAGAUUCCUGUAGGAUAUAGAUUGUGUCUUGAAUGAAUUGCUCCUCACCAACUUUCACAGAACAUUUUACAUGCAGCAAGUUCAAAAUAGCUGUCAGGACACUCUUCUCAGUUUUCCUGGAUUUUCUUCCAUCCACUCUCUGCAGUCUUUGAAUUAGAGGCUUUUUUUUUCAGGUACUACCCCUACCACUACGCUCCAUUCUUGUCCGACAUCAAGAAUAUAUCCGGGUUGAAGUUGACCUUUGACCUUGGAAAACCCUUCAUGCCUUUCCAGCAGCUGUUAGCAGUCCUGCCUGCAGCCAGCAUGGAGCUGCUGCCUGAGUGUUAUAAGGUAAUCUACUCCCCUUCAAAUAUACUAUUAAAGUAUGUAUGGUGUAUGAACAUUCUUCACAUGGCAUGAGUGCAACAAAUGUUGGACACGUGGAAAAAUCUCAAAUUAAUGUUGAGUGGUAUGAACAAAAUCUAGUAAUUUCAUAUCACUGUAACAGUACAUAUCACAGUAUGUUUUUUUCCCCCUGUAGAUUUAAUGAAUGGCUUAAAAAUAACCAUACUGUAGCAUUUGUUCAUUUUCCUUUUAUUUUUGAAGUCAGAUUUGUUUACAAAUGCAAACAAAAUGCCUGAACAGUCUGGUGAUUUUUUUAUUAUAUGGAUUAUUAUUUUUGGAACGAGUUCCUCCUUCUCUUCCUCAUGUUGGGUGGGUCUGACUGCCUCUGUUUGCUCGGUACUGCCACUAAUCUCCAUGUCCACCAUGACUACCACCAUCCAUCCAUCCAUCCAUUUUCUACCAUGGAGCCUGCGAAGGCAGGAGACACCCUGGACAAGUCGCCAGUUUCUUUGCAGGGCUGACAUAUAGAGACGAACAACCAUUCACGCUCACAUUCACACCUAUGGGCAAUUUGGAAGUGGCCAAUUAACCUAACCCUACUAGUGAAACUGUUUCUUCUUCAUCAAAACUAUGCCAACUAUGCUGGACUUGCUGGUGAUUAUAGGGAGCGCACCCAAACCUGACCAAUCAAACAGGGCGAACAAACUCCACACGACACACUGGUGAAUAUAUGGAAAAGCACCCAAACAGAUGUGUUCCGGCUUUCCAGUUAGUGAGCACAGACCUUUACACAUUGUGCUCUACCUUCAUGCCCGCCGGUGGCGUGGCAAAGGGUGGCGGACCCCACGCAGUGGUAUUUUCGUCUGGUGGAGCCCGGUGCACAGCCAGUUUGGUAUUUUCAUAGACUGAGGCGCACUGAGGUCUGCCAAACUGGUGUGAAGGUGCGGUAGGGGGAGGUGUCGACAGAAUCAGCUAGCCCAGUGACAUCUUCGAGUUCACCGGCAGCAUAGAAAGUGCGCUGAAAGCUCACCGAUUCAAACCUGGUCAGCUUUCAGUGCAGGUGGAGCAAAGCUGGUCUAGUGGUACUACAUUACACACACCAAAUCCAUCUGUGCUUAUAUGAGAGAAUGUGCAGCGCUCUGCAGCCCUUACAGCAACACUUGUUGAGGGGCUGCCUUCUCUUGCCAUUGUGUGGCAUUGCUGUCUUCAGACAUCUCUUGAUCUCUUUGACUACUUCAGGAAAAUUGUACGCCUCGCCGGUGGCGGAUUUAAUGGUAAGGAGAGGAGCUAAUGUGAUUUGCGAAAACAGGUCUUGGCUGUGUUAAACCCACUCCACGCCUUUCCCCUCCUUCUCUCGGUAUAUACCACCAUACCUCCCUACACUAUCUCAAAUGGUCAAAACUGUAACAAGAAGCGGUGUUACAGGAUCCAAAUUAACUUAAUGUUUUGAUGUUUCAGCACCUAAUGACCAGUGAAAGCUCUCCCAUCAUUGAGUACUACCCUCUUGACUUCAAAACGGACUUGAAUGGAAAGCAGCAGGAAUGGGAGGCUGUGGUCCUUAUUCCCUUCAUAGACGAGGUACACAUACACACAUACACAAAUACACACAACUUUAAAAAUGUGUGACAUGAAUAUUUUCUGUGUCUUUGCUGAGCAGCGAUGCUUACUCGCAGCCAUGGAGCCCUGUAACCACAAUCUGACAAAAGAAGAGAAGGCCAGGAACCGUCACUCUGAGUGUGCAGUCUAUUCAUAUGACCCGGAGGUUGACUUUACAUACAUAUCCAUCCUGCAGCACAGGUUCCCAGACAUCAUCCACUGUCAUGUCAGGUACUUCCACACACAUAUACCCUGCUUUGAUAUUGAUAUUAACUAGGGAUGUAAUGAUACACCCAACUCUGGAUUUGAUACGAUUUCCAAUGCUGGAUUGGUGAUACGACUUUCUCACUAUUUUUUUUACAGAAUUAGUGCUGACAAAUCAUGACUAAAAAAUUAAUUCUCAGAAAUAAAGAAAAAACAUUUCUGAAGUAGGAUGUAAUUUAAAAACAAACUAUGCAAUGAAUGCAUAUGUAAAAAACAUUUAAUAUUUAGAUAUGCAACUACAAAUUAUAUUGUCUCUUAUCUUUAACAAAUUAAAGAGAACCCUCUUUUUAUUUCUCUGAGGUCAAGUAAAUGGUGUAAUACAAUGCAUACAUCCUCUUAUUAAAGUACAUUAAAAAACAACAAAAAAUAAACAAAUAAAUUGGGUUCCGCUAACCAGAAAAUAUCCGCACGAAUGGAGCGAUUCAUUCAUUGAAUAAAGCGAGUAAAUACUAUUCAUAUGCACCUCUAGAUAUGCGCGAAUUAAACGAGUAAAUAAUUUUAUCCGUGCUUGGUGUGAGUGCACAGUAAAAAUGCUUACAGUGUCCUAAGCAUCACAGAUUUAUGAGUUAUACAGUGAAUCAAUGUCACAGGCAUUUUACCAGAGGUCUGUGCUGAGGACUGUGGCUGCCACCCCGGUUGCUGUUCUGAAUAACAUUCAAACAUACCCAGACUGGUCUGUGCAUCCUCGAUUUCGAGAUCAUUUGUGACAGCCGUCAUUUCUCUCGCUCUGUCUGAAUCAGUAACACACAACGCCAAAUACAUAAUGACGUUGAUCACAUGAAUGCACCCUCCACUCUCUAAAAAGGUAACCGCUAAUCAUUUUUCAUUGCAGCCAAUCAUUACACAUUUGUAUUGAUUUUUAACUGUCUCGCGAUGCAUCGUUACAUCCCUACUAUUAACAUAUUCUUAUUCUACUCUCUCUCUCGUGAGCUUUAAUCUGACUUUAUCAGUCUUAAACACACAGUAGAAGCCGAUGAUUACAAGUAAUAUUUGAGUUCAUGUGUUUUUGUUGUGUCUAAUCUGUGAUGGAUGUUGUCGAGCUGUGCAAAGUUUAGAGAAAAAAAACUUAAUGUGUCGAUGUUUUGGCUCUUCUAACAUUCAAACAUUUCCCCUCAGCUCCCAUAGAAUGUAUAGUUCACUGCAUAUGAACCAUCAUCGUUUUCUAUUACAGUCGAGCAAACAUCCCCAUGGAUGCCUGGCAUGUGCAGAUGAACCACCGCAGCAGAACAGUUGACCGCUCAGCUCUGUACUUCUGUGGUUUCCCAACUCUCCAACACAUCAGACACAAGGUGUGAAUGUGUGUAUGUUUGUGGUCUUUACAUUAUCAGUAAACAACAGCCCCACAGCUUAACCAGUUUGAUACUGAAACUAUGUAACCCUGUGUAAUUGUUAAAUCACUUUUUUAUCAUCAUUAUUGAAAACACUGACAUGUCUUCAAAUUUGAAUGAAAGUUUCAGCUUUUUAAAUUUCUCUCCAUGUUCAGAGGUAGAUUUUCUCACCCUCUCGCUCACUCUCACACAGUUUUACAAGAAGAAGAGUGGAGUGGUUGUGUUCCAGCAGAGCAGCAGAGGAGAAAACAUGAUGCUUGAUAUCCUUAUGGACAAGGAAGAAGCAGAUCCGGUGAGCUCUCUCUUGUUAUUACUCAUCUCAUUUUAUAAAAGCACUGCAGAUGGAGGUCUUGUCCACUGACAUAUUUCCGAAUAAAACAUCAUUUAUUACAAAAUCAGUGGCUUUGAACUAUCUUAAGUCAGGUUAAUAGAAAAUGAGUUUUUGUAACUAUUUAAUGACAAGUUUGCAAUAUUACAGGAAUGGUGAAAAUAACCUCUUAGUUCUAAAAGUCUUUUUAACUUCUAACCUGAUUUUGUACAUGAUGGUCCCAUUUACAGUGAAAAACAGAAAAAAAUUGUUAGAGUCACUUUUUACUUUAAACCUUCUUGAAACAAUGUAAAAAUCGACAGCCAAUUUAGGCAAAUUCAAAGUUUUAGGUCCAAUUAUCUACAUAGCACAGUGGAAACAGGCUGAGCGAAGUGCCUACAAAGUACAAGAGUAUAACAAGAAAGCAAAAUGUGAAGGAAUAAAACUUGAAAUGUUCUCAUUCCUCAUCUCAUUGAGAAGAUCGAAGACACAGCUUGCCUUGAGCCAUAAUUUAAAACAUUAAAAGGCUGAGGUAAUCAGGUAAUCUUUCUGUCAGACUCAGUGAUCAACAAGAAUGACAAGAGGAUGUUAGCAGGAAAAAGUACAGAGCUAGAUAACCCUGAGGAUAUCAGCAGUUUCUCGGUGGAUUGCAGUGGUGUGUCUGUGGUUUUUCAGAAGCGUUACUCUUUUCUAAUCCAAGGAUACUUAACCUUAGCAUAAUGCACCAAAGAUCAAGAGAUGUCACAGCAUUUAUUUUUGAUAGUCAUCAUCUCGACCUACAUGUGUCCAUGAUAAGGAUCUGUAUCUUGUAGAAAUCCAAAUAUUCUCAUCACCAAACAGAGAUUAAUCAAACACCCUUUAAUGAAGUACUGUGGAGAGGUAUUGAAAAUUCAGUGUCAACGCUAGGAGUGAUGAAAUUUACAAAAACUAGAGUGAGUUUUGCUUUUUUCUUAUCUUCUUUGAAAUUCACUAAAAUUUACUCUUCUCUUUUUUCCUGCCUUUGGUUUUUCUCCUAUGUCUUCAGGUCUGUGAUGAUGUUGCAGUACAGGUCCUUGGGAAGCCUGUGUUUGUCAACUGGCCGCAUCUAGAGGAGGCACGAAUCAUUGCAGUGUCAGAUGGAGAAGUCAGGUAAGAAACAACUCCAGGUCACUUUAACCAUACUAUGACUGCGGUUAUGACGGGAGUUUCUGUGACAUGAGAGAAAAUAUGUAUUGGCUGUAGUACUUAGUAACUACUCAGUAAAUAACGUCCUACCCGCUUGUCCAUGUGUGGAGUAAAAUAGAACUGAACCAUUGCUGUUAUAAUCAAAGAGGGUAAAUGGAAAUAUCAAAAAACCCAUUUCUCAAAUAUCCGACGCAAAGCACAACAUCUUUUAUAAUUUCUCUGUUUUCCAAACUUUCCUUCUUAUUGUUAUAUCUAUUGGAGAUGUGAUUGCCCUGAAAUUAUCCAUAUUUAUCCUUAUUUUUGUACCUAUAAAGGUGACUUGCAUGAAUCAUGAUACCCUUGAAACCACACAUUUUAGACCUAGGGGUAAAAAAGUAGCAAAGUGAAAAAGGUGUAAAAUCUCAGAGAUGAAAGGUUUUUAAAUGAACAGCUGUAUAGCCAUGCUCUUUGUUUUUGUUUACUAGUGGAUCUAUGCAUCUACUUUACAGUGAGGUACAAUGUUAGCUUAUAUGCAAGUAAGGUUACCGCACCGCGAAACAACCCAGUGUUUACUAAUUAUCUGGUUGUAGUGUUGCGCAUUAUGACGGUAUAUACUGUCUGACGGUAUAAAAGUGUCUACCGGUAGAAAUUUUGCUGUAAAGAGAGAGAGCAGAUGUGUGCUGCAACUCUCUGAGUCAGGGUGGAGUCGUCUGUGCUAUCUAACAGGAAAGCCGGAGCGCAUCCGUUUGGGUGCGUUUCUGUUGAUGCGUGGCACACCUGCUGCACCAAAAACUAAAGUUGCAGCAGGUCCGCUCAUACAAAAGAGCCUGGCAGAGUCUUUCACCAAUGGUACGCCAUAUGAUAAAAAGUCACCAGACUGGUCUGGCAUUUUGUUUCCUUUUGUAAACAAAUCCGAGUUUAAAAAUAAAAGGAAAAUGAACAAAUGCAACUGUAUGGUUAUUUUUAAGCCAUUAAUUAAAUUUACAGGGGGGAAAACAUACGUGAUAUAUACUGUUACAGUGAUAUGAAAUUACUCAUACCAUAUAAGAUUUUGUUCACCCAACACUAUCUGGUUGCAUCCAGUCUGCUGAAUGAUGAACAUUUUGAGAGAUUAAAGAAAAUUGUCAUUUCAUAUCACAUUAAUGCGUGUGUUGACUGUCUCUGAAAAAUACAAAAUAAAGAUCAAAACUUUAAAAUAUACUUUAUUGUGCGUGUUUGUAUGCCACUACGAGGCAGCAAAUUCUGUGAUAUGCUGUGGAAAAAAACUCCCUUUUAACACAUACCAUGUAGAUUAUUUUUGCAUACACACAGAUCUUUUGUUAUAACAGUGCAGAAAAUGCAUGGGCAUUUACAGUUGAACUUUUUUCUUUGGCAGGUUUUCUCUGGAGGAACCACCAGGUGUACAAAAAGUGUAUGACAGACCCUCCACACCUCCUCCCGUCAAAGUCAACUGUCUGUCUGAUAAAGAGCAGAAGGACUGGGUGAAGGAUGUCCAGGGAAUCUCUGAACAGUAAGAAACACAGAUAUAAAAUACAUGACUGUGUUUUGUGAACAGACCUGAUUAUGAAUGGAAACUUUAUCUUUUCUUUAUUUUUAAAGAAAUAUUAUUUUAUCCAAUUGCAACAUAUUUUUGUACCGUAUGAAAAUCACAAGACCUGGUCUUUCUUUAAAACAUGCUCGGUAAAGUGAACACUGCUUUGAGUAAGCGAAAUCCUGUUUUUCUCUUGUAGUUACCUGAAGAGAAAAGGCAUCACAGUGAAUGAGACAUCGGUGGUUUUGUACGGCCAGCUGCUGACAGGACGGAAGUAUGUCCCUAAAGCCAACGGGGUGGUGGAGUUAGAGAAACAAUGGGCCAAACAGGUCCUGCCCUUUGCCUACCAGACUGUUGUGAAGGUAUGCCCAUAUACAAGGUCAAAGUAUUGAAAAAUCAAAAACACAGUAACCCCCCAAAACACCUGAGGUACAGUUGGAAAGUUAGACAGUUAGAAACAAAGCCCUGUGGAUCUGUGUGAGCUUACUGACAGUCUUUCUGACACAUUUCAUGUGUUUUCAGUUCUGCUGAACCUGAGGUUUUUGUACAAAGCUCUAUGUCAACAGUACAGCUCACUUCACCAGACCCAAGCAUUUUCACAUGUUUUGUUUAUUUUGGAGAAAGUACAGUUGUAGAUUUUGAUUUAAAAGUAAAGUUGGUUUGAAAGCAUCGAGGCAUAGCUGACGCUUGGACUAGGACUUCAGUUUGCUAUAGCUUUGAUUGUUGAUAAUGAUAAAUCAAUCACUUUUUUUGUUGACUUAAUGUCAGAAAAUGGGAAAAAUAAAAGUUUAAUUGCAGUUUUCUAAAGCCAAAGUAGACAUCCAUGGAUGUCAACUUUUAUCCAAAACACAAAUACACUAAAUACACUACAAGAUAAUACUUACAACUAGAAGAUAAUACUUACGACCAUUGAUUCUUCAUAUGAUGGACACAUUCAUCAGUAUUGACUAAAUUAUUCAAAAGCAUCCUGUUUUCCUCUUGUCUUCCCAGGACAUCAAGGCUUUUUACUCGUCCUUAAACUGCUUCAAGAGCCUGGACGAGCUCUUCCCUCUUGGCACAGCUGUCUUUAUGGUGGGGAACCCAUACUAUGGUGCCAUGGGUGAGGUAUGUGAGCACUUUUCUGCUUCUAAUUGACUUGAAAACCAUCAAAAUAUGUUUAUAUCAACAUUUUACUGUCCUCCUAAAUUUUUCCGAAGUGGGUCUCUAAAUGUAAGACAAGUGUGUGACAUAAGUAAAGAGUUUGUGAUUUUUUUCACCAGUCUGCUCAGUAAAAGAUGUAGCCCUGUUGAAAUCUCCUCUCCUGUGCCCCCUCUCUCUUUGGCGCUUAAUCAACAGGUGCAAGAUUCAAGUGAUGUCAUCAAAGACGGUCGAGUACGGGUGGUCUUUAACGUCCCCCAUGAACCACAACUGGAGCCAUUAAUCCAGAACCAGCAUGUAAGAAACACACGCACACACACACACACACACACACACACACACACACAGGCAUACACUCUAAGACUUGAGCCGAGGAUUGAUGGUGAUCCUUGUAGUUUUUAGGUGCGUGUGUUAGUGCUGGACGAUAAUUCGAUAACAAUAUAUAUCGAUCGAUAGACGUGUGCUGCGAUAGAAAAAAAACGGGUCGAUAAAAAGUUCGAUAGAAAAACACAGUUUCCCUUUCUUUUUCAUCAUAGCCUAUCAUGUAGCUUUUGCUACAGUCAUUACUUCCUCCCAACCAAUCACAAACGCAGACCCAGGUACGCUACGGCACCAAGCCCAGCCCCUAUCAAACCACAACAGACAGCACGUGUAUUAGAAAAAAUGAUACAGCAAGGAGAAGCGGAGGACAUUGUCAGUAGUUCACCAGCAUGGCAAUGUUUUGGUUUUUAGAAGUCUGACAAAAAGCGAACAGCGGUCGUUUGCAAAAUUUGAAGAGAAUUAGUAAAAACCAAGUCUGGUAACACAACCAACUUGUUUUACCAUCUAAACCGGUCGCACCCGCAGGAGUACGAGCUGUGUCGGCCGCGCCGCGGCUCCACGUCGUCGGAGGAGGAAUCCUCUGGAACCGCUGCCAGCACCAGCACAAAGCAAGUGAAGCAGACCAAACUGGACUUCGUUUCUUGCCAAAAUACGACAAAGCGUCCGAGCGGCAUAAGGACAUCACCCAUGCAGUAACAUGCUGCAUAGCGAGGGACAUACUGCCAAUAACUACCGUUGAAAAGCCUGGCUUCGACCAGCUUCUAGCCACUCUCGACCCGCGAUAUGAAGUGCCCGGCCGCAAGUAUUUCUCAAACACAGCGCUUCAGGCAUGAAAAUGGGUCAGGGGUUGAAAAGGUGAGAAUAAUGCACCCCUGCAUCCCGUCCACUCAUUAGCUUCUUAAAGUGGAAGAAAAUGAGCUCAUAUUUUACAAAGACGCGAGUAUUUGGAUCAUGGCUACUAGCAGGGGGUGCAUUCGGCAGGGGUGCAUUCUACGACACAACACCGGCGUGGAUAAGUCCUGCUUCUCGUGCUCAGUUUGCGUAUCAAGUCAAUCACAUGAUAAUUAAAAAAAAUAAAUCUCCCGACCCCGGGAGAAAUAUUUCAGUGUUCAGACACCAGGCUGUGGGCAGUUUCUCACACAGUUAAAACUGGUAGUAUGUUAUUCCCACCUAAAGCUAUUCUGUUUAUUUAUAUAUUUGUUUGUUUUGUUUAUUUUCAUCAAAAGACUAUUUAAAUAUUUAUUUAUCAGAUUUUCUGGUCACUUUAGUCUUUAUGUUUGUCAGUAUUUACUGACAUCACUCAGGCCCCUUAAGUUGAUUUCUUUUUUUUUUAGUUCUUUUUUAAAAAAACUUUCAGUUGUGGUAAAAUAAAAAAGGUGGUUGAAUAAAGGUUUGAAUUUGAAUUCAGUGCUUCUGUGUUCUUUAUUAAAAGUAGGUCAUUAAGCAAUAGCAUAUAACAUCCAGGGCUGCAAUUAAAACAUAUGUUAAAUAAUUAUAAUAAUUAUAUCAAUAAUUAUCGAUAUCGAUCAAUAUGAUUUAUUUUUUAUCGAUAUGCUUUUUUUCUAUAUCGUCCAGGCCUAGCGUGUGUGUUGUUCUUCACAAGCAUACUAUGGUCCUGUGUUUGUGUUUUGUAGAAGUACUGUGUGAAGUACAGUCCUGGAUAUGUUCUCGCAUCUCGUCUUGGUAUCACCAGCUACCUGGUCUCUCGCUUUUCUGGAAGCAUUUUCAUCGGCAGGGGCUCGAAGAAGAAGUAAGUCCUCAGAACCCCCUUUGGACACUGCUGCGGGUUAUGAGAAACAACAUUUUUACUGAUGCUCUUUUUAAAGCUCAUAUCUGGUUGGAUGUAAGUGUGUAAGUGGGACCAGUAUUUAUGAAUCUCCAAGUACUCUGUGUAAAAAAACUGUCCCUGUCUGCAGUCCCUGUGGGGAGCAAAAAGCGAACGUUGGUCUUAACCUGAAGUUCAACAAGAAGAAUGAGGAGGUCCCUGGAUACACCAAAAAAACGGAGAAGGAGUGGCUCUACUCUGCUGCUGUGGAGGAACUGCUGGCUGAAUACCUGGACAGGUGCCUGUGCUUGUAUAUAUGUGCAUGUGUGUGUGCGUGCGUGCGUGCCUGCGUGUGCGCACAAGACAGUAGCUCCACCCCUCUUUCUUGGUUCAACAUCAGACUUAAGUAAUGUUUUUUUACAGGUUUUCAGAGGUCUUUAACACUGUGUCCAGAAACAGUCAUGAUGAUGUGUUCUAUGAAGACGACAUCUGGCCUGGACUGGAGCAGAACGGGUAACACAGAUUUCCUUUUUUUCCUCUUACUGUCACCUUCUCUUCAUUUGGGCUUCAUUUGACCUGAAUUAAUUCAGACGAUUUCACAGUGUUUACUAUAAACCUCUGACACUGACAAACUCUCCAGGGCAGAGAAAGUCGCUGAAAUCACUGCAUGGUUGAAAAGUCACCCAGUGAGCUCCGUCAGCAGAGCGUCAUGUGACCUGCAGGUGCUGGACUCCGCCAUUGUGGAGAAAAUCGAGGAGGCAGUUGAAAAAACUAAGGUGACUGUGACACAGAGAACCUCCUACUGCAGCACACUCCACUCACCAGUAGUGGCAUUUAUAGUAAUGAGUGUUCUUACGCACAUCUCAGUUUGUCAGCCUCACUCUAACAAUCCUGUCCUUAGGUGAAGAGGAGCACCAAGAAGGUCCGUGUGACUGUCAAGCCUCAUCUCCUCUUCAGGGUGAGAGCUUUUUAUCUCUUUCAGAUCAGUUUGCACAAUCCUCUCUGCUUAAAUGUCUGGUGGAAAAAAAUCUCAAUAAAUGAAAACAGUCUUGAUCUUAGCAGGCAGUUUUUAGAAUCCAAAAAGAGGGAUAUACAUUCUAAUAUACCUUAAAAAAGGGGUAGCAGGGCUUGACUCUGAAGGAGCACAUGUGCUCUUAAGUUGAAAAAGUAAGAAGCACACAAAAUAACUUUGGGGGCACAAUGAUAAUUGAUCAAAUAAUGUUUGUCUUGUUAGUCGACAUAAGUACUAUUAUUUGAAAUCAAUUUUAGGUCAGUUGGUCACAUGACAUGGCAGCUAUUGAAGGAAAACAGCCUUUUUUGAGAAAAUCAACCAGUAAUUUAUUGAUGGUCCCUUAUUCAACACCCGGCGUUGACAGCGAGGGUGCUGAGUAGAUUUAACAGCGCUGCUGUUGCUUUAUAGAGGUUAUAGAGAGUGAGAAGACACUGGUAGAUCCGCUGUGAAUGUCUGUCGGAUAUCCAACCUAAAACCAACUUCAUUGCGGUGUAGAUUUAACCACACUGCUCCUGCCAUUCCUGGUUAUGGAGAGUGAGAAGACAUUGGUAGAUCAGUGGUGCAUGUCUGUCGAAUAUCCAACCUAAAACUAACUUCGCCGCGGUAUUUGCAUGAAAAAUAAUUUGCUGCCUCAACUGAUUUUUUUUAUGCGCACAUGUGGCCCUAAUACAUUUUACAAUUCGCACACAUCUUUUUUUUUUCCGCAAAUGUGAGUGAAACGGCCGCACUGUCGAGCCCUGGGAAGGAAGAGUCAUUGAUCUAUGUCAGUAGGUAUUGAUCAUGUUUAUAUGUAUUUGUGUAGCCUUUGGAGCAGCAGCAGGGGGUGGUUCCAGACCCGGAUGCAGAGUAUCGUCUGUUUGACAGAGUGGUCAACACCAGGGAGAGCUUCACUGUCCCACUGGGACUCAGAGGAACAAUCAUCGGCAUUAAAGGAGGUUAGGACUAACUGAUUUCUUCUUAUUUGUCAAAAUGAAACACAGCUAUAAGCAAAGAAAAGAAUAGACAGACUGCAUCAUGGUUACCUAGAACUGUUGUGUCAUUGUGUUCUCAGCGGAGCGCGAGGCAGAAGUUCUCUAUGAAGUGCUUUUUGAUGAAGAAUUUGCUGGAGGUCUCAACAUCAGGUAAUCUUGUAGUCAAACCCAGAGUGCACUACAUCUUGUUUCAUCUUUGGUCAGUACUGGGGAAAUCUUUGACUUGACAAACAGCAGCUCAGUACUGAUCAUUUCACUAUUCAAGUAAAAACCAGAACCAGCUCUGAAAACACUGCUGACUAGUCUGCUAUCUUGUUCACCUGUGUCCUCAGGUGUACAUCACCACGUUGUUACCGCCUCCCUCCCUGUGCUCUCAUCAACCUUUCCCACGGAGCCCGAGUGGAUCCAGUUUCCCACAAACUCACCGCUAUCGUCAAACCUCAGCCGGCCACAGCCGCAAACUUCAACACACAGCGUCAGCUGGCCGGCCUGAACCACUCUCCACGUUCACCUUUCAUCCCCACACAAGUGAGAGGCAUGAUUUUUGAAACUCUCACACCUCAUGUUGUCUAUCUGAAAACUCACCACUCUGCCUUUAUGUCUUUUACUCGACACCUGUAGCACAACAAUAAGGGUGUAGGGAAAGCGGCCACACAAGGCAACAGGAACUCCCCCUCGAAGGGUCUCAUCCAGAGACAGCAGGCAAAGGUAAAAGCAGGUCCCCCACAUAUUUACUCCUCUCACAGCUACCCCCCCCCCCCUUUUUUUUUUUUUUUUUAAACCAUGCAACCUCCUUUGACCUCUCUCUCCUUCAUCUUCAUCCAGAGUAAAGAGGAGUACAACAACGUUUGGCAGUCUUUGCAGUCCUCUGGCCCCCCUCAAAAACCUCCAGCUCACUGGCACAACAACGUAAGUCUAUGUAUUUGUGUAAUUUUAUGCUGAGAAGUUAUUUUAUUUCAAUGUUGUCGUCAUAGUUAUCAGCUGAGUUGUAGAUCAGGAAUCAAUGACCAAAUGUCUUAACUCACAACCUGUCAGUUAUCACAUGAUAACAUUUUUCCUACUUCUUUAUUAACAACUGUUAUGAGGCCUCCCAUUUGUCAAACUCACUCCCAGAGGUUUACAAAUGAACCAGUAACUUGAUCAUUCAGACCCACAUCUAACAUCUCUUUUCUGAUAUACAUAAAGUUGUUCAGAACCUGUUCAAAAAGUCACCAGAGACUUUUUUAAGAGCUACGCAAUUUGCCCCAAUCGUUGCGCUGUACCUUGUGAAGCACAAUAAAAUAACAGUGACUUGUUUUCUGCAAUUUCUGGGUAUUUUUCCCUUUUUUUUAAACUUCCCUGGUCAGAUUUUAGGUGCAAAUCAUAGCAGUAUGACUAUUUGGUACGUCAAACUUGACAUACUGAAUAGAGGAACCCUUGUUACCUCCACAAUAAUGGCAGUGUAGCAUGGUAACAGUGGAGGAGGCUUCUUAGAAACAGUUGCUGAAAUGAAGGCCUGAAACUGAGAGUUUGAAUACACGUCAGCUAACAUGAAAGAGGAAAUAUUUUAGCUUAAAUUCAGGUCAGAGUACUACAGAGCUAUUGGAAAGUCAAGAAACACACACACACAGUUCGAAUAUUUAAGAUUUACACACCUACAACUUCUAUGCCCUUGCAUUAGCUACUGUCUGUCAAGAGCUACUAAAGGUUUGAACCAAUGAAAACACUCAUCAGCUUUGGCUUCAUGGUAGUUAGUGAGUAAUCGAGAUAAUGUUUAUGAAAUAUGUACCUGUCACUGUUUGUUCUGAGCAACGAAGUUAAGACCAAAUUUGUUUUCCAAAUGUAGGAAGGACAAUUGCAGCAGGCCCAUAACCAGCAGCCAAACAAAGCUGUAAGUGCACACACACACACACACACACACGCAAACACAAGUAUUUGUGCAUGUGCCAUCAUUGGACUGUUAGGUAUCACAAAACCACAUAACAAAACAUUAAUGUAUAAUUUGUAAUUUAAACACAGUCAUGUAAAAUAUAAAUGCAGCUUUAUUAUUACUUUUUUCCUGCACUUUGCCUAAUUAAAGAUUGAACUCCCAUCAACCAUAACACUGCCGGAUGGAGUGAAUCACAUUAAUUAGGGUCAUGAGUCCCCCUGUUGGAUGCUGAUGAUAAAUGUAGAACCUUUACCCAAAAAGCGGGUGAGCUCUCAGGAGCUUGAGAUAAAUUUUCAAAGCACCAGUGUGUUAAACGGUCAAGUGUGUUGAUGUGUGUUUGACUCACAUUACAUGCUCUGUUUUGUGGCCCUUAUAACACCAGCUUGUGUGUGUUCAGGCCCCAGCAGGCGGCAUCAGGCUGUUGAAGAAAAAUGAGGACGUCAAUUCCUUUUUCGCUUCAAAGAACACAGCCAACAAGGUGCAUACACACACUCACACUCACACACACUUGUACACACACACACACACACACACACACACACACACACACAGAGUUGUUUACUUGUUUUAAAAUUUAGACUGCAGUGUUUGUGUUAAGUUGUGUCUUCAAACUUCCUCGUCUUUCUCCUUACACAUAUUUUUCUCACUUAGACUUCAACAGAGUUCGAGGACUUGCUAGCCAACCUCAAGAUUUCCACAGGCAGCCAGCAAACUGCACCCCCUCCUGCCCCUCAACAGCCACCUCCCAGCCAAUCAGAGGGCCCGCUGUCUCCACAGUCCUUUGCCAUGGUAUGUAUGAUGAGCAAAGACAAGCUUAUAAUGCUUGACUAAGAUGCAUAUAUGUAUCUAUAUAAGAUACAUAUAGAAGAUAAACCUGUGAAAGGCUAAAAAAAUAAGCAGCUAUCAUGUAAAGUAAGAGUUUGUAAUGGUUUAGACCAAAAACUGCUCCGAAAUGAAUUCAAGUUUCAAAUUAUUCUGAAAUACAUUUAGAAUAGAGUUAAAUACAGUAUUUAAGAAAGUAUAAUGCAGUGUCCUGUUUGUUGGUGCCUUGGUCCUGCCUCCUCACCAAAAAGUCUCGAAACACCCCUGUACAGCAGCACAGAGGAAACAAUGGAAUCUGAAUAUAGUCAGGCUGUAAAGUCUGCCCAACAAAAGCUGCAGAUACUCCUAUUCCUUCAUUUAUAAAGAAUGAGAGGGAACCAAGCUGAACUUAAACUUCUGUCUCAGGAAGAAAGAAAAAAAGGUGACUCCUGCCCUGGUGUUUCCUGGACAAAUUUCAAUUCGCUGGUAGUCCUACAGCUUUAAGUGUUGUAGAGCAAAUUAUAUAUCAAAACAUGUGGUAUGAUCAGGAUCGGUGUGCUAUUACUUUUCUCUAUUGUAUAUGAUGUAGGCCCAGUCGCCCUUCCAAUGUUUCCCAGACGGAAUUUUCUAGUUAGAAAUGUUCUGCUGAAAUCAACUACAGAAAACGCAGACAGCCAUGGUUAAGUGAGGAGCUGGUUAAUCUAAAUCUUUGUGUGUGUGUGUAUGUUGUUUUUGUUGCAGAAGGGAACUCUGGUGCUGAAGGAGAUGCUUAAGAUUGAUGGUGCUGGAGAAACCCAGGAGACCUCUAAUGCUGGUCACCAGCAGAACAGAAGAAGAUCCUCAAAGAAACUAGGUACAAAACUGAUCACUACACCAUGAACCAAAGGAAAGGCUCAUAAUACUCUAAACAACCUCAGCUACAUUUUUUCUCUUCUGUCUUCCUCCUUUUCUUUCCUCUAGCGGCCAAUAUGAAUAACCCACAUGUUGAUGGUGGAGGAGCUCCUCCCACUGCUGCUAACCUCUCCAAUGCUGUGCUGACCAGUAAGGUGUCAGAGCUAACGUGUGUCUGUGUGGGGUUAGGAAUGGCACAGCCUGAGUUCACCUUUAUCCGCAACAGACAGGUAACACACUGGCAAACCUGCAUUCAAACACUGCUCUCUGUAGGUAACAUGACUACACCUGCCUGUUCCUCCACCAGUGUAAAGAUCAGAGCUUCACUAACCCCGCCCUCCAUCUCUGUCCUCCAUCUCAGGGUCCAGUGGUGUGUCAGGUAAAGCUGUCAAAUGGGCUGAUGGUCCACGGUCCACAGUGCCAGUCAGAAAAUGAUGCCAAGGAGAACGCUGCCUUCUUUGCCCUUCAGAGACUGGUACAACACAAACAAACACAAUAGUUUUAUGUGUGCAGGUGGAUGGGUGGUUUUGAUAGACGUUGAAAGACAAACCAAUAAUGUUAAAGAUCCAAGUGUACUUGUCUUCAGCACUCUGGACUGAUAAAAAUGUUAUAAAAAUAUCCUAUCUAUCUAUCUCAUCCAUCCAUCCAUCCAUCCAUUCAUCCAUCCAUCCAUGUGUGUGUGUGUGUGUGUGUGUGUGUGUGUGUGUGUGUGUGUGUAUAUAUACAUACAAAAACAGGGAGUAAAUGAAAACAUCUGGAAGAAUAACUUUGACAGAUCAGUGUUUGAAUCUUUGACAGGAUUGUUAAACAUUCAAGUUGCCACCACAUUGUCGGCUGUGCUAGAUGGCCCACCACACAAAAUGCUCACCUGACUCCUCUGUGCUGAUCUGCAGUAAAGGCAUCUUUUCUGUGUCCUCAUUCAGAACUCAGUGGGAUCGGGCUUCCCCCUGCCUCCUCCUCUGUUCCCAGGAAUGAGUCAGAUACGACCCCCACCCAUGGGACCCAUGCCUCCUGUCUUUAACCAACAAGGUUGGUUGUCCCUCCGAAUAAUCACUUUAUUUUAUUUUUGCUACUUAAUUGUUUAAAGGUGAGUCGGCAGGAUCUGAGGAAGUGCCAGUAUUUGGGAGAAAUCUUGAAUGUAAACACUACCCCUCCAAAUCAGUUUUCCCCUCAGCUCCUCCCCUCCCCUCCCUCGCUGCUCCAGCAAGCCCCGCCCACAAACAGACACUCCUGCUCGCUUGUAAUGUUCUAAUUAAAUUCAGGUAUAAUGCAGAUAAAUACUUCAGAUGAUUACAAAUGGGGCCCAGUCAAUGUGAAAGUAAAAAGCAUUGGUGCUACUUUAGAUGCCAACAGACAACCAGCAAACACAAUGUUUGCAGGACUUCUACAACUAGGAUAAAGUGACAUAGUCCAGGACCCGAGGUCAACGGUUUAGCGGCGCUACAACACGCAGCAGGUCCCGUUUGACAAGAAACACUUCUGUUACAGACACUUGGCGAACUUUGUUAAAGCAGUUUACAUGUCCAGCAGAAAAGUUACAGGGUCCGUGAGAUCCCGAAGCCUCCCCCAUCGUUUAUGCUCCAUUGAUGUUGACCCUGCUUCUUAGCUCUUGUCUGGGUGGUCUACCUCCUUUUUAAGCGCCAGUUAUUCUGCUAGAAUCUCCUGUAUUUUUUUCACUUUCUUGCUGGUGUUGGCAGUCGUGGCCAAAGGCCAAACAAUUUUGCAUACUUUGUAGUUGGUUUCUACUGUCCGAUAUUGUAGCACGCUAACUUUGUUUGAGCUCGUGACCGUUAUUCGAGGACGGGGGGCGGGCUUGACAACAUGAGGUAGCAGCGUCCGCCUCACAACCAACCAGGUUGGGGGAGGCGGAGAAUGGCUUUGUUUACAUUUAGAAAGAGCGGGACACUCAAAAUUUUAAAAUGUUGACUACACAGACAUAAGAAAACUCAGCGAUAUCGUUAUAUUCCCAAGUGUCAUCAAUAACUAAUAGCUAUAGACUGAUAUUAAAAGCUUUUUCGUGUAUACACCACAAAAAAAGAUGCUUCCUGAUUCCUGCCUACACCACCUUUAACCUGUCAUGUUUUUGCUGUAACAGAGCAGUUUAAAUAAAGCUGUACAUCUUCUUUUCCUCAGGGGGUUUACUGAUGCCUCCUCAAGGCUACGGCCCUAUGUGGGGGAUGCCGCUGCCUCCUCACCACCCAAACCAGCCAUUCUACGGAGCAGCAGGAUCUUUUCCUGGUGCUGCCCGCCCACAGGCUCCACAGACACUGCCCAUCGGCUCCCACAACCAGUUUAUACCUUUACAGGUAGAUUUGCACACAUGUACAAAGACAAGGAGGGCAUAUAUGUGCUGACAUGUUUCCGUUUUCUAUUCUGUGGAUGGUCAGUGUUGUUUCUCAUGCUGUUAGAGAAAUUUGACAGAUGUAGAAACUCAGCUCUCUCUUGUCUGACCUCUGACCCUGACAGGUGACGAAAAAGCGAGUCUCAGCCAACAAAAAGAAUCAAGAAACUCGAGAGUUUUACAGCGCCGCUCACACUGUGGCUAAAAACCAAUCACAGAGAGCCCAGUCCCAGCCCUCCAGCCAAUCACAGCCUCAGACUGAAUCCCAGAGUGGAAAAUUCAACCAGCUGCAUCAACACACAGCCAACAGCGGCCCCUCCUCAUCCACCCCUGGUCUCUUAGAAACAGGCUCCUCAACAACAGCAGCCGUGGCAGCCCCACACACGCCACCUCGACAAAACCCGCCAGCCGCAGGCCACACCCCCGGCUCCGCAUCGAAGAGGAAGCACAGAAAGCUGGCAGUUAACUUUGAGGUCGCUAAAGUGUCUGAGUAAUGCGCUAUCAUGUGUGUGAGUGCGUGUGUGGGUGUGUUUGUCAGGAGAAGGAGGUGUGUGUGUGUGUGUGUGUCUUUUUUAAGCUGCUAAAGCCUGACUCAGCAUCUCUGAUCAAAACCUGCAGAGCAGAAAGCAGCAUCAGUCUUUUUAGACGUACAACUAGAUGAGAUCAUGUCUUCAGUAUUUCACCUGAGCUUAGAGAUUUGUCAGAGGAGCCUGGUUAUUGUAGUUCUUCCAGGUUCUUUGUAACCAGCAGGGUGCAGGAGGCUCAGAUCCCAUGUGCUUUGGAUUUUAGCUAAGAGAAGCUAAGAGCUCUGUACUUGUACUCCUUCCUUUUCUGAGAUUACCUUAUUGAAGUCUGACCGCCUUAAGUAAGAGUCAGUGUUGUACCCAAAAUAGAACAAAAAUCAGCUCAAAAGAACAUCUGAAAUUCGAGGAUCAGGAGGUUAACUUAACACUCACUGACUUUGCAUCAUUUUUCAGAACUGGAGCAGCAGAGCAACAAAACCAAACCAUGAAACUUAAAUGAUUCUGGGGUGAAAACAAAAGUGUUUCCAUUUCGAUUUUCUUUAAAAAUACAACUUAUGGAGCUUUUUUAAUUUUUCUUUGCAUGAUUUCAUGAGUGAGUUUAGUGCAUUAGAUUUUCAAGGGAGGUUUACAGAAAGACAGUGUGACGGAUUAAGUCCUGCAGCUCACUCGUUCUUGAAAGUAAUGUGGAUUAGUGAUGGAGAAGAUCAAACAGAGGGAAACGCUGCCUUCAAAUGGAAUAGUUUACAUUAAAAAUGCAUUCAAAGCUUCAGUGAGGAACUGUCUCUUUGCAUGGCUCUUGAUGACCUCUCUGUCUUAUCUUAGUCCUUUCAUUGGUCAGCAGUGUUUGUUUCUUAGUGCGACAUUCACACGUCACUUCCUCACUGUGGAAAAUGUAAACAGGCUGUGUUGGCAGGAUGCUGCAGAUGGCUCUGUUUGACUCUUCAACAUUUCAAAUAGGAAUAAUCUGUCUUCUCUUUGAUGGCUUGUUUUGCUUCUGUAGGUCAUACGUAGACAUCAGUCUGUUUUUUACCAACAGGCUUUCAACAGUUGUUCAGUGUCAGCAUUUCUAGCUGGAGAGAUUUUUUUGACUCAAGGUGUUGUUGCCUCAGAGGACACACAGGUGUAGAUGUAUUGAUAGAGAUCAUGCUCUUGGUCACAGUGCAGGUGGUCCUUGACAUUUGGUGAACCUCUUCUGUUCAGCUCUCAGGGACAUGCAGACGUUCAGACGUCUUCAUACUGAAGCCUCAGAUUUGCACUAAAGCGGCAGUUUCUCUCUGCCCUGGUUCUUGUCGACUAAACGUUUAGGGACGUUUACACUUUAGAAAGUUGAUUUUGAUGCUCAUGUUGCUGUGUUAACCUUAUUUAGUUAGAUUAGUGGAUAAAUGAAGCAUUUAAAGCCUUUUUGUAUCAGUGUACAUCAUAUUUAGCAGGUUUUGAUCAGAGAUAUUCAGGCUGAACUUGAUCUGUUUUAAUGUUCUUUGUUUUUCAAUCAUCAAGCUUGACAGCCUUUUAUUUCCCUCAGACUUUAACAACUUUUUUCUACUUUUUUAUGGUUUGCUAGCGGCUCAGUUAAAUAUUCACACAGCAGGAUUGACUUGACAAAGGAUUUCCCCAACACUACACACACACACACACACACACACACAUACACAGUACCACACAUGAUGUGCUGUUAAACACCUCCACGUGACCCCAGAAUGACCUCAAACAGGUUGUCUUAUUUUUCUCUUGAUUUUCUAAACUGGGCCUUGUGGAGGCUUUCUUUUAAAAUAUCAGUGCAGUCUUAUAGAUUUGUGAGUUGAGCUGGAGCUACAGAAAGCUCAUACUGCCUGAUUCUGAUGUCGAUUCAUCUUUUUCUUAAGAUCAAAUUUGUCAAGAGACUUUGGUUGAUUUGACACAUGCAAAAAUGAAACAAAUGUUUUACUUGGGUGUAAUUUUAAAUCUUCGAGCAUCUGACGUUCUGUCCAGUGACUAUGGAAGCUGACAAUGUUAAAAAAAAGUAUUCACUGGUUACUAAAUUAACAAAACACAAACAGAAAAUGGAAUCCUCCUGGCUCUUAAAGGUUCAGACAGUGAAGUUUUCCUUUCUUAUUUGAAUUUCUUAUUAUUGAAUGUCUUAAAAUCUGUUGAUCUGUGCAAUGAAAGAAGAUAUGAGAUGUCAAAAAGUGAAGGUACCCCAUAGGGUCAUUUUUGUAUCUGUGUUUCUGCAGCCAAAGAUCUUUGGAACUCUAUAAACAAUGAAGACUGCUUUAUUUAUUCGUGCGUACGAACUCUUUAAGAUGCAUUUAUGAACAUUUCUCCAGAUUCUUCUUUUGGAUUUUUUGACCUGUCCGAAUAUUUUAAGAUCUUGACUUUACUCGACACUUCCACACACCCCAUGACUCAUUUAUUGACUCAUACAAAAUAAACCUGUUUUAAAAUAUCUUAAUUAUGCUUCUUGUGCUAAAAUUUUUUACAGAAUCCCUUUUCUAGGCAGUCUCAGCAUCUUUUCUACGCUGUCUCAACAAUUACUGUCUCUAAUAUUUGUGGUCAUGCUGUAGUCGUGAAGCAGCCAGAUUGACAUUGUCCUUGUUUGGAGGGGCCCCGGUAUAAAGCUUGUUUUUAUGUGUGUGUGUCUUUUUGAGGCUCGUACUCUCACACUGACUCUAGAACUCAAGUCUGUAUGGCUCUGGUGCAAUAAGGGACAUGGUAAACAUUUUGGAAAUUAAAGCACACCUGUAUCUUUUUUUUAAAUGUAACAAAGUAGAUAAUUCUUCAUAUGAAGAGAUUUUGACUUGUUUUGAUUCAGAAUUGUGCUGUAAAUAUCCAUUUAAUUAAAGUGAAUCUUUUGUCACAAUGUAACUGCCUCUUGUCAGAUAAAAAACAAACUUUACUCAUUAACUUUUGUGAUUUUUUUUUCCAGAGAUGACAACUGUGUCACUGCCCAAUCCAACACUUUAAAGUGAAUAAUGUGACUGUUUAUUAAAAAAAAAAAAACUGUUUUAAACUAUAUGCCAACAACACAUUCAAAAAAUGUUGGGGGAUGGAAAAUAAACUAAAGUUUCUCUGAUGAGAAGAUGGGGAGGGUUUCACUGCUUACCGAGAGACUGUGAGCAUAUUGGAUGACAAAGGUUUUUUUUUAGAUUUCAUUAUCUACAGAACAUAACAUCAUUCAGUGACUCGGAUAAUCUUUAUUCAGUACUGGAUGGUAGUGAUCUACUGGCCCCAAGGCAGCGUUGCUCUUAAACAGAUAUAACUCUGCAGUGGAAAUCUCCACAUAAGCUUAAAAAUCGCUUUCAAAAACUGUGUGAAUACAGUUUGUCACUUCAUCCACAAAUGCAGCUCAAAAAAAUACCAUUAAAAAAAGUCUAAGUGUAAACCUGAUUUGGAAAUGCUGAACUGAGGGUUCCCUGAUUCCCAGUUAUGCAGGGGUCUUUGCAUGUGGAGUUUGUUUGUCCUCUCCAUGCAUGUGUGCGAGGGUUUUCUCUGUGUGCUUGUCAGGUUAGUUUGACAAAUUGACGACACUAUGGGUGUGAGUGUGUGCAUUAAAAAAAAAGGCUUCAGCCCCUCUGCGACCCCAAUAAUAAAAGAUCAUGAUAGAUGAAUGGAUGAUCUGAAGUGGAAAACUGUCUUGCGGUCUGUUUUCUUUCUUUUUUUUCCCUUUUUUUGGGAUCACGGACACUACAUCCUCGAGUCUACAAAAAAGAAAGACCAUCCAACUUGGCUGGGAAUACACCAUAAAUGCUAAAAGGUACAUACAGAUUUUGGGGCAAUACCAAGCCUCAUUCUGUAUGUGUUACAACAGCGUGCCUCUUUAGUAGAAGAGUCCUGGUGCUGAACUGGCCUCAUGACACAAAAAAACAUACCAAACUGUUGAACAGCUGAAACUUAAACAACUCCAGAGACUCAGUUAUUCAAAAAGUGAUGAAACGCAACUGUAAACAUGCCGUGAUCCAGCUGCCAAAUUUAAUCUGAAUUAAAUGGUUUACGGGUAAUUUCAACCCUGGAUUUAGGUAAAUAUAUGAAAUGUUGGAACUAAAAAGUUCGGUUGUUUAAUAUAGUUUAUGUCCUGAGUUUUCUGGAAAUUGUGGAUGUUUUUUGAGGGUGAGAUUUGAUGGACACACAAAGAAGGAAGUUGAAACAGACUCCAAAACUUAAAAAACACACACAAAAAGACAUUUAUUCAGUGAGCACCAGUCAGUCAGUACAAUCAGUUUGUUUUUUUUCCUCAAAAGCUCAAGUUUCAUUCGAACAGUAACAACAUAAUAUGACACCGUGAACUCUUAUGUUGAAAAUACUUCAAACAUGGUGUGCCUUCAGUCAGACCUGUAUCAUCUUUACAGGCAGAAGAAUGAAGCUGCAACUCAAUGAAAGCAGUGAGUCAUUUAGAGUGUGACAUACAAAAUCUACCUCUACAGAGUAAAAAACAACAUUAACAACAUUAUAAUGACACACUUAUAUAAAUUUAUACAUGUUUCAACUUCAUCCAAACCUGCAAGUGAACUCGCUAUUUUCAAACUGUGAUCUGCUACUUCAUAAAUUAAUGAUAAUUACAUUGAUUUCAAUGCUAACACUAAAGUUAAAGCUGACGUGAAUGCUGAGAUUAGUUUUGCAGGCAGCGGGGCAAAACAAUUAGUAAAAAACAGACCAUAAUUUUCAACCUUUUUAAUAUCCUGUAAUACUGAAUUAUGAGGCGCUAAUAUGUAUUAAAAUAACAAAUAAAUGCACCACAGUCAAAUCAAAGCACACUAACCAAGGGACGCCAUGAUCUGAUCAUGAAUUCAGCCUUUAUUGCUAUCUAUGCUGUCUCUUCUACGUCAUCAUUAGAUCUACGUCUCUAUAUGUGGGAUUUCUUUCUAUCAAUCUCUUUAACAUAGUUAAUAUUUGUGGAUUCAUCAACGAGAGGAAAUAUGUUGGUGGUAAACUCUUGUUAAAAUACUGCCAAUUAAAAAAUGGAGGAAACAAAAGGAUGCUGUUAUUGGCUGACAUGACUUAGUGUAGUGUAUUAUACAAUUUUUGUAACAGUACUCGAGUGUUGUUUUUUGUUUUCUUUGACAUGUUCGAAAGACAAACUUCCUGCAGUUUCCUCAGGGGAGUCUCCUUAUAUUGAUACUGAUAUGUAAUACAGCUGUACACCAAACUACAACACUGUCAGGAUUAGAAAACAGGCUAGAAUUAAAAAAAAAAAAAAAUCAUAUUUAAAAACCAGAUGCCAUUACCCAGAUAAGGAAAAUGAUUCAUCCCAAAGACUUAAGCAUCAACUACAAAUUACACAGCUGUACAUCAUGUUACUAUUUAUAAUCAAAUGAAACUGAUUUUAAGUUGAUCUCCUCUGUGAAGAACUAGUUUCAAAAGGGAUAUUCGGGCAUAAGUUUAGGUCAUGGUCAAACACAUCAGAACACUGAGUUAGACAACCCCCUCGAGAGAUGAAUGUUGCCGACCGCUUGCUUCUCUAGUUAUACCCACUUUAGUAACGACCUUGGGGAUUCUUAAAAAAGAGACUAAACACAACUCACCAACUGUCCUCCAACAGCCUCUUGUUUGUGGGGGAGCCCUGACGAGUGCAGUGGAGUUUCGCAGGUCGAGGAAGAACAUUUCUGAUUAUUACUUCAUGAAAAUGCAAUCAGACCGAGACGCUAAGGCAGAAGAACUACCACGUCUGCAGUGCAAAAUGAUUAAUAUGGUGAUUAUUACUUCAAGGAAAUAAUACGCUGCACUCUGUGAUAGACUCGUCAGGGCUCCCCCACAAACAAGCGGCUGCUGGAAGAGAGUGGGUGAGUUGUGUUUAGUCUCUUUGCUAAAGAAACCAGGCAAAACUAAAAAGAUGUUUGAUGGCUAGUGCUAUGGCUGGGACCCUAUAUGUACUGUUGAUAAAGUUAGGUGCUGUUCUGAGCAUUAUUUGUGGCUAUAGAGUGGCGUUUUGGUUGAGGUUUGGGCGUGGAGACGUAGACUGUUGUGUAUUGCCAUUGUACGGUUGUUACUAAAGUUGGUAUAACUAGAGAAGCAAGCAGUCGGCAACAUUCAUCUCUCGGUGGGGGUGUCUAACUCUGUGUUAUGAUGUUUGACCAUGACUUAAAUUUAUGCCGGAAUAUUCCUUUAAGGAGUACAGUAAGUUCAGGGGAAACAGGGUUCAGAAUACUUAUCAUAUUUUGUUGUUGGUUGGAUUGUUAAUGUAAUGCAAUGCAUAUAAGUACAAUACUGCCGAGAAAAAGGAACUUAAUACUGAAUGAGGACGUUGUGGUGCUUUGGAAAUCUCACACCUGGACCUUAAACUUUACUUGGAUUUGACAAAGAUGAUCAGAAAUAGGAAGAUAUAAGAUUUACAGGAAGAGGCCUAAAACCCUGGCAUGGUCUGUGGAGUUCUUUUAACUUUAGUCCAGAGACUCUUUUAACUUCAACACCUUUAACUUGAUACUAAAGAUGUACUUGUGAAUGAUGUAGGUGUGUUGACCAUUCUGUACUUGAGUGCAGGUGCCCGUUAAUACUUGUAAAAGUGUGUGUGCCUGUGUUGCAUGGUUGAACACAGGGGCCUCAUGUUUGUGAGCUUUCUCUACAGUGAUAUGAUGUGAACGU